AGUUGUAGUGUUUAUGGUCUUGCAGCUUCGGUUCUCAGCUGGUCGGAGGUCGCCACUCGCGAAGAUGCGGUUUCUGACCACUUUCCCAGCUGUAGAGAAAUGCUGCUUCUUGAAACAAAUCUGCAAGAACUACUGUUCUGCCAUUGCUUCUAAUUUUUCAUUUGUUCCUUCUUGCCUUCCUUUGGAUGCCAUUGAGUUUGAGGAUCUUCAGGAAUUUCUCUUACGGUCCAAGAAACUGUUUGUGCUAACUGGAGCAGGAGUGUCGACGGAGUCAGGUAUUCCCGAUUAUCGCUCUGAAAAUGUAGGACUUUAUGCUCGGAAGGCAAGACGCCCCAUUCAACACUCUGAAUUUGUCCGCAGUGCUGAGGGCAGACAGAGAUACUGGGCACAAAAUUAUGUUGGCUGGCCACAAUUUAGUUCUCGCCAGGUAAAUGAUGCACACAGAGCUCUAAGUAAAUGGGAGACAAUGGGAAAACUGCAUUGGUUGGUGACCCAGAAUGUGGAUGCAUUGCAUACAAAGGCGGGAAGCCGGAACCUGAUAGAACUUCACGGCUGUACUCACAGAGUGAUUUGUCUUGGCUGUGGGGAGACAACCGCUAGGAGUCGCCUUCAAGAAGAAUUUGCAGCUCUGAAUCCAGCUUGGCUUGAAGAAGUACAUCAAAUAGCUCCAGAUGGAAAUGUUUUCUUUGCCAAUGAGCAAGUCAAACACUUUAAUGUUCCGACAUGCAAGAACUGUGGUGGAAUCCUGAAACCUGAUGUCACCUUUUUUGGAGACACAGUGAACAAAGAGAAAGUGAAUUUUGUCCAUGAACGUGUGGCUGAGUCUGAUGCAGUUCUAGUCGUUGGCUCUUCACUACAGGUGUAUUCAGGAUAUAGAUUCAUCAUUGAAGCCUAUGAGAAGAAGUUGCCAGUUGCAAUACUGAAUAUUGGGGAGACAAGAGCAGAUAAACUGGCCACUCUGAAAAUCAGUGCUCGAUGUGGGGAGAUUCUGCCAAGCAUUCUUCCCUUUUAACAUUGUGACAUUGUAAAUGAGGAAACUCCUGGUGUUGGUAAAAUGUGAUUCUAUGUAUAAGUAGAUUAAUAAUAAUGUAACUGCUUUUAUCUCUUAUUUCUCAUUCACUGGUAUGUUUUUAUAUAUGUAGGCUGCAUAGAAUGUCUGUGAAGAUCCAAAAAAAAAACUUUAUUGAGAAAUUAUAUCUUCAAUGCUUUUCCAGAGAAAGGGAAUGCAACCACUAUCCAGAUAUAUUCUACUCAAAGGAAUGUUUACAAAAAAUGUGUGCCUCAUAAAGGCUAUUAUUUCAAGAAAUCACCUUUGACUCACAUCAUGUAUGGUCUCCUGCAUUCAAAAGAACAAUAUGUACUUAAAUAAUCUUAAACACUUUUUCAAAGAGGAAAAAAUUUAAAUUUCUUAGUGGUCCUGAAGGGCAAAACAGAAACAACACUUAUUUACUUGUUGCAUUUCACCAAUCACAGGCCUACAAUUUCUCCUGACAGUAAUGUUACUAUCCUGAAAAGUACUUGAUCAAAUUCUGCUUUUCAUUUUCAAUAAUAUUACCCAAUAUGUAAUGAUAGAAUUGUCUAAAUCAUCCAGAAAUAAUCCUUAAUGUGUGCAGAAAGAGCAAAUAAUUUUCAUGUCAUUGGUAACCUGGAGAACUGAACUACAGCAAAGCUUGGGAUACUUCAGAACAGUUCAUAUAAAAAUCUUUCAACUGCUCCCAAAUGUUAAAUAUGUCUCCACAUAUUCAUACAAACAUAGAGGAAGGCUAUCAACCCUAUGUCAUACCUGUGAUCUAUUUUAUUCAUAGCACAUUGUUAUGGAAAUAUUAUUUUUGUUUUAAAUAAUUCUCUUGGAAAAAACAAUGUUCUUUUGCUGUGAUUAAACACACAGAAGACACAAAUAAAUGAUACAGUUGCCCUUGAGCAUGUUCUACAUCCGACAUAAUUUAAUCAAUGAUUCAGUGAAGAUCGAUUUUGAAAGGAUUGGGCCAAGUUGUGUAAUUUGGAGUUCAGCCACACACACAGUAUAUAGUACCUGAUUUGUCAAGAGGAACAAAGGAGUUAUUAACUUUUAAUUAAGAUCAGCAAAUUGCAAAAAGAGCACUGGAUUGAUAAACAAUGAGAUAAAAACAGUUGAGAGUAAAGAUUGGGCUCAAAAAAUUAUUAAGCAGAAUCAAUUUGGGUAGAGUUAAAACAGGCAGAGAAAAUUGGAGGGAGCUUGCUGUAGGUUCUGAUGUAGUCGUAAUGUGGGGGAUGAUAUAAAUUAGGAAAUUGGAGACUCUUAUAGCAAGGAUAAUGCAGUAACCAAUAGGGACUUUCAUCUACCUGUAGAUUAUACAAACUAUCAAUUAUCAAUAACAGUGUGAGCUGCAAACAGGAAUGGAUAAUAGAUAGUUACCCAGAUCAAUAUUUUGAGGAUUCACUGAGGUAAGGCCUAUUUUAGUCCCAGCAACUUGCAAUGAGAAAACAAGUGUUAAGGCAGAUUUUAGGAAAGAAUGAUAACAAUGUGGUAGAACUUUACAUAAAGAUUGAAAAUAUUUUAGUUUAAUCUGAAAUAAGGGUCUAAGAUCUAAAUAAAAGCAAACAGUCAGCUGAGAAUGCAAAUCUUUCAUGUAUGUUCAGGUGCCAAAGAAAAACCAUAGAAAAAAAAUCAUGUCAAGUCUUUCAUUUCCUCAGUAGGAUUAUUUAAUAUGUACAAUGUAUUGUGUAUGUAAUCAAAAUGGCUUCUUUGGUUUGCUAAAGUAGGAAUGCUUUUAUGUCUAAUUUAAAGUGUUUUUCUCUCGCAGCUGUUUAGCUUUGGACUUGCUGAUAUGGGGAUUGUGUUCAUUUGUUAACCAAUGGGGAAUGUUAUUUUGUCUUGUGGGGCUGGGAGCUUGGGGGUUUCACGGUCUUUUGAGGAGAGGCAGGAAGGAGACACCGAGGAAGGUGGACGUGUGCUGCACUGCUCGGUCAACCACCGGGGUGGUCCCAGGUGCGAGGACGUGGAGGUCGGAGGCAAGUGACGAGGGGUCGAAUGGUUCGAUGGUUGAGCUCCAACGAUGUGCACUAAACUGACUGAACUUUGAUAAGUUGGCACCUUUUGCUUUAUUUUCUUUUUCUUCGUAUAUACUGUAUUGCAUAGUAGGAUUUUAGUUUUAGUAAAAUCUUUAAAGUGUA